CCCAGCCCAAGCCGGGCCAACAGGAGGAAGUGAACACACAUCUCCGCCUCGAGCCAUCAAUACGCGGGUCGUCUUCACGUCUCUUGUCCUGCGCUCUCCGUCGCCCCGUGAAAUGCAAGCGAUUAAGUGCGUGGUGGUCGGCGAUGGUGCCGUGGGUAAGACAUGUCUUCUCAUCAGCUACACCACAAACGCCUUCCCCGGAGAAUACAUUCCGACCGUGUUCGACAACUACUCGGCGAACGUGAUGGUGGACGGCAAGCCGGUGAACCUGGGACUGUGGGACACAGCCGGGCAAGAGGACUACGACCGACUGAGACCGCUCUCCUACCCGCAGACGGACGUCUUUCUCAUCUGCUUCUCGCUCGUGAGCCCAGCGUCGUUUGAGAACGUCCGUGCCAAGUGGUACCCGGAGGUGCGACACCACUGCCCCAACACCCCCAUCAUCCUGGUGGGCACCAAGCUGGACCUGCGGGACGACAAGGACACCACGGAGCGACUCAAGGACAAGAAGCUGUCCCCCAUCUCCUACCCUCAGGGGCUCGCCAUGGCCAAAGACAUCGGCAGCGUGAAGUACCUGGAGUGCUCGGCGCUGACCCAGCGGGGACUGAAGACGGUGUUUGACGAGGCGAUCCGUGCCGUGCUCUGCCCCCCGCCAGUCAGGAGCUCCUCCAAGAAGUGCAAGCUGCUGUAGUGGCGUGCUCGGGGAGGGGUGGGAGGGAAGGCCACGCGCGGCGCACGCCCCAACUCUCUCUCUCUCUCUACGUGUUCAUGCGUGGGGGGGGGACUCUACACACACACACACGCACGCGCGCGCCUACACGCGCACACACACACGUUGCCACUCGCCGCACGGUCUCGCAUGCGCACACACAUUCACUGACACGUCGUCGUUGCGUGCGCCGACGCACGCGCGCUCUCGUGCACGCACACGCAGUCCCGUACGCUCGCACCGCACCGCACACGCUCGAAUGUACUGACGUAUGUGCGUGUGCACGCACUCGCACGCUCACGCAUGCGCUCAAAUCUCAUUCCUGACCAUUCGGUGCCCAAUGCUGUAAAAGGAACGCACUCUGUGCCAUCCCAGCGCAAGAACGCAGAGACGGAGCCACUCUGGCCAAGUUGGAAGUAAAGACACCGCCGGAAGCAGCGUCUGCCACGGUGGGAACGGGUUCAGUUGAAACUGCAGUUAUCGGAGCGAAAGAAUAUUCUGCUAAUUUUGCGGUCACAGCAGACCCACGUAGUUUUUGUUACAUACGACGUUUUAAAAAUUUAACUUUAACCGGCUGCCACCUUUCCAUAUUUUUGCCGCGGGUUACUUGUUAUUUUUACGUCUUUCGUCCUGCUCUUUGCUUUGGGCUGUAUCUAAAGAAGGGGAGGUGGGGGAAGGGAUCGUCCGCUUGUGGAAGAUUACGUGGGGACUACGAGAGAUUCGGUGUGACACGGUGUGACGCAGCACACAGACACGUGCACACACACACACAGACAGACACUGGCGGUAGUGUAAACCCUCUCCUUCACCUGCUGUGAGAACACCUUUUAACGUUUUCCAUUGCACCGUAAUGAUUCGGACGCGGUGGAGGGGGGGGGGUUAAUUUAGACGGAUUUCUUUGCUUGUGGAGCAUCCGACUAAUGUGGUGUUUUAAUUAAUUAAAUCCUACAAAGGUUAAAGGAGCAACCCGCCUGCCAAGAGGUUCCACCAGAAGGAGCUCUAGAGAGAGCGAGCGAGUAUCCGGGGAAUAAUUGGGUCGACUGUUGCAUGCUGGUCAUACACGUAUGUGUGUAUGUUGAGAUUCUUUCGCGCCAUACGUAGCCAACCGUGCUAACGGGAGGUGCAGGGGAAAGGACAACAAGCUAAACACAAAAAGCAGUUCAAUUCGGGG